AGCCAACCAAACCAACGGACUGGAAAAAAAGCUCAGCAUUUUUACCUCUUCCUGCUCUCGAACCCGUUUUUCGCGGAUGGCCAUUUACUUCGCCCAUCUCCUUCUCUCCACGGAUCGCUUCCUCUCUCCCCCGAAAAUUUCCAAAUUCGAUCGACAAGGCCGACACGGUCUUCAGCAUAAUGCCAGCACCAUUUUGAGGCGAAAUCAAUCAAGGGUUCUUCAGCAACAUCCAGGAUGUCAGUUUCUAUGAAGGAUUUGGAUCCGGCUUUCCGCGGAGCUGGACAGAAAGACGGUUUGGAGGUAUGGCGUAUUGAAAAUUUCAAGCCAGUUCCUGUACCAACAUCUUCGUAUGCGAAAUUUUACAUGGGUGAUUCGUAUAUCAUCUUAAAGACAUCAGCCUUGAAAAAUGGUUCCUUUCGCCAUGACAUCCAUUAUUGGCUCGGUAAAGAUACUAGUCAGGAUGAAGCCGGAACUGCUGCAAUUUUAACUGUGGAGCUAGAUGCUGCCCUUGGAGGGCGUGCUGUCCAGUACCGGGAAGUGCAAGGCAAUGAAACUGAAAAGUUACUUUCAUAUUUUAGACCAUGCAUCAUGCCACAGCCAGGAGGAGUAGCUUCUGGGUUCAAUCAUGUAGAAGUCAAUGAGCAAGAGCAUGUUACCCGGUUAUAUGUGUGUAGAGGAAAACAUGUUGUUCAUGUUAAGGAGGUUCCUUUUUCUCGUUCAUCCCUUAAUCACGAGGACAUAUUUAUUUUGGACACCAAGUCCAAAAUUUUCCAGUUCAAUGGCUCAAACUCAUGCAUUCAAGAGAGAGCAAAAGCUCUUGAAGUUGUGCAAUAUAUCAAAGACACCUUCCAUGAGGGAAAGUGUGAAGUCGCGGCUGUUGAGGAUGGAAAGUUGAUGGCUGAUGCCGAGGCUGGUGAAUUUUGGGCUCAGUUUGGUGGCUUUGCUCCUCUUCCCAGAAAGACAACUUCAGAGGAGACCGGGAAAGACAGCGAAAUUGCAGUCAAAUUGCUAUGUUUUAACCAAGGAAAGCUGGAGCUUAUUACUUCUGAACCCUUGGUGCAUGAUUUGCUCGAGACAAACAAAUGCUACUUGUUGGAUUGUGGUGCUGAAAUGUAUGUUUGGUUGGGCAGAAGUACUUCUUUGCAAGUGAGAAAGGGUGCAAGUGAGUCUGCAGAGAAAAUGCUUGUUGCUGACAGUCGAACACAAUCACAUGUUAUGAAAGUGAUUGAAGGAUACGAAACUGUCAUGUUCAAGUCAAAAUUUCGUGAGUGGCCACCAACUCCUGACUUGAAAUUGUCUUCUGAGGAUGGAAGAGGCAAAGUUGCAGCUCUCCUCAAAAGUCAAGGAUUAGAUGUUAAGGGCUUGAUGAAAAGUGCUCCUGUAAAAGAAGAACCUGAGCCUUAUAUCGAUUGCGCUGGUCAUUUACAGGUCUGGCGUGUAAGUGGAAAUGGCAAGACUCUUCUAUCAUCCUCUGAACAAUCAAAAUUCUACACUGGAGAUUGUUACAUUUUUCAAUACACAUAUGCUGGAGAUGACAAGGAGGAAUGCCUUAUUGGAACUUGGUUUGGGAACAAGAGUGUUGAGGAGGAGAGGGUAUCAGCAAUUUCAUUGGCUAGCAAGAUGGUUCAAGCUGCAAAAUUCCAGGCUGUCAUGGCUCGCCUUUAUGAAGGGAAAGAACCAAUUCAGUUCUUUGUUAUAUUUCAGAGUCUCCAAGUGUUUAAGGGUGGUCUUAGCUCUGGAUACAAGAACUUUAUUGCUCAAAAUGGUCUCGAUGAUGACAGUUACUCUGAGGCUGGGCUCGCCCUAUUCCGAAUUCAAGGUUCAGGGUCAGAAAACAUGCAAGCAAUUCAAGUGGAUGCGGUUGCUUCAUCAUUAAAUUCGUCCUAUUGUUACAUUCUACAUGAUGGAAACAGUGUGUUCACAUGGAUUGGGAACGGUACAACCUCAUUGGAUCACGACUUGGUUGAGAGACAGCUAGAUGCAAUUAAGUCAGAUCUGCCGUCCAGGUCACAAAAGGAGGGUAGAGAAACCGAUAAAUUCUGGGAAUUACUGGGUGGUAAAACAAAGUAUUCAAACAAAAAAAUAGAAAGAGAACAGGAAAGCGACCCUCAUCUUUUCUCAUGUAUUUUAUCCAAAGAAGGCAAUUUGAAGGCCACAGAAAUACAUCACUUUACUCAGGAGGAUCUGAUGACAGAGGAUGUCUUUGUUCUAGAUUGUCACUCGUACAUAUUUGUUUGGUUUGGACAGGAGGUCGAUGCUAAAGUGAGAACACAAGCUAUGGAUAUAGGAGAGAAAUUUAUUGUGCGUGAUUUCCUUAUGGAAAAUCUCUCCCGAGAAACAACGAUCUUCACUGUUUCGGAAGGAAGUGAGCCUCAGUUUUUUACUAGGUUCUUCACCUGGGACUCCACAAAAUCGUUGAUGCAUGGCAGUUCAUACCAAAGGAAGCUUGCCAUUUUAAAGGGUGGAGCAACUCGAUUGCUGGAUAAACCAAAACGUCGAACACCGGCAGUUUCAGGAAGAAGUGUGGGACAAGAUAAAUCUCAACGCUCAAGAAGCAUGUCUACCAGCCCGGAAUGUCACCGUGUUCGAGGAAGAUCCCCCGCCUUCGCAGCGUUAACUUCUGCCUUUGAGAAGCCCAGUACAAGAAAUCUGUCCACCCCUCCCCCUGCUGUUAAAAAGCUUUUCCCUAAAUCUGCCGGGCCUGAGGUGUCCAAACAGUCAGCUAUUAGUGAUCUCACCAGUGCUUUUGAAGGUCCCCUGAAAAGAACAAUACCGAAGUCAGUAAAAGCGGGCCAAGAGGCAGAGAAGUCAAUACAGGAGGAAGAUGCCACGGGCGGUGAUGAUGGAAAUGAGGUAGAAGAUGACGAGGGGCGCACGAUCUACCCAUACGAACGUCUUGUAACCAAUGCUGAGGACCCAGCUCCUGACAUCGACCUCACCAAGCGGGAGGCCUACUUAUCAGCAACCGAGUUCAGCGAGAAGUUCAGCAUGACAAGGGCAGAAUUCAACAAGAUACCCAAGUGGAAGCAGAACAAGCUAAAGACUGCCUUGCAGCUGUUUUAGCUCACCUACGUCGAGUGGCAACCAAUUUUGGAGAUAACACUUAUUUUCACUACAUUGAGGGGGUUCUUCUCUUCACCUAGCUUGAGUCUGUUCUUCUCUUAGGCUCUUCUUGUUCUUCUUCUUGGAGUAAAUAGGUUUUCGAGGAGCCUUUUUCUUCUUCUUCUUCUUCUUCUUUUAAUUGAUUCAGAGUUCACAAGAGUUCAGUUGUGGGGUUCGUUCUUUUUUUCCCCAGCUUGGUCAUUUGAGUUACUUGCCGGGCAGCAGAGAUAUCACAUGACUGAAAUGAGUUGUAGCCUGGUGCAAGCCAUACAAACAUACACUGGCGCCAACGCAUAUAGUGAGUAUCUAUGUAGUCUGUAGAGCAUACUGCCCAACCUGCGCAGUCUCCAUAUUCGUUUGGUUUCUUACAUCAAUAAAUCUUGAUAAUUUUGGGCC